AUGAACACCAUUUGCAUUAUUCUUCUUCUCAUAUCUCAUCUACACACAUCUCUCUAUCUACCUUCUAUCUUCCUAUUCCUUUCUAUCGCAACUUCUAAACAGAACAGAACAGAGCAGAACAGAACAGAGGAGAGAGAAAACAAACAAAAAUUAAAAAAAAAAAAAAGUAAGAGCGAGAAAGAGGAGCAAAGUCACUGUGUCUCUGUUGUUCUCUUGGAAAAAGUUCAGCUGCUUCCCUAGGGUUCUUUGCUUUCAAGUUUUCCAUAAAAAAUUGAUUAUUUAAUAUUUACAUAUAUUUUUUUCUGAAAAAGCAAAGCCCUUUUGCUUACCGAUCUUGUUCUCUGCCUUCCUUGCCGUAAGAAUUCAGCUUCUGCAUCUUCAAAUAAGGAAGAGGAACUUCUGUUGUCAGAAGAUAUUGUAGUUUUGCAACAACUGUUACUAGGUUGAGAUUCCUUAAUUUAGGUUAAGGAACAAGAGAAAAGUGAUUCUAAAGAUGGGUUAUAUAUGUGACUUUUGUGGAGACCAGAGGUCCAUGGUGUACUGCCGCUCUGAUGCUGCAUGCUUAUGUUUGUCAUGUGAUCGGAAUGUUCAUUCUGCUAAUGCUCUUUCUAGGCGUCAUUCGCGGACCCUUUUAUGUGAGAGAUGCAAUUCACAACCUGCCUUUGUAAGGUGUGCUGAGGAGAAAAUUUCGCUUUGUCAGAAUUGUGAUUGGUUAGUUCAUGGCACCUCUGCCUCUUCUUCAACACAUAAGAGACAAGCAAUCAAUUGCUACUCUGGCUGCCCUUCAGCGGUGGAACUGUCUUCAAUAUGGUCAUUUGUGUUGGAUAUCCCUCAUAUGAGUGAAUCUACAUGUGAGCAAGAGCUAGGCUUAAUGAGUAUUAAUGAAAACAACAACAAAAGUGGUUGGGUUCCUCCAGAAAACCAGGAUUUGUCUGAUUCUGAUCAAGUUACUGAUCUACCUGCUUUGGACAAGUCUUUGGUUUGUCCAUCUUCAAUGCCUGAGUCAAGCUUGGAACCUCGUAUUCUGGACCAGCCAGCUGGACCUGCCAAUGAAUGUCUGCCAAAGUUAUGCUGUCCGGCUACAAAAUGUCCUGCACUAUGUGAAGAUGAGAAUCUGUAUGAUGACUUCAACAUGGAUGAAGUGGAUCUAAAUCUUGAGAACUAUGAAGAGCUUUUUGGUGUGGCCCUUAGUCAUUCGGAAGAGCUUUUUGAAAAUGGUGGAAUUGAUAGCUUGUUUGGAACAAAGGACAUGUCUGCUGGAGAUUCCAAUUGUCAGGAUGCUGUUGCUGCUGAGGGGUCAUCAGUUGGACUGGUCAACACAAUGCAGCCAGCUUGCAGCAAUGCAGCAUCUGCAGAUUCAAUUUUGAGUACUAAAACUGAACCGAUUCUUUGUUUUACUGGAAAGCAAGCCCAAUCAAAUCUCUCUUUUUCUGGCAUUACUGGAGAGAGUAGCGCCGGAGACUAUCAAGACUGUGGCGCUUCUUCAAUGCUUCUCAUGGGAGAACCUCCUUGGCUUACACCUUGUCCUGAGAAUUCCCUGCAAUCUGCUAACCGCAGUAAUGCUGUCAUGCGUUAUAAGGAAAAGAAGAAGACACGGAAGUUUGACAAAAAAGUAAGGUAUGCCUCUCGCAAGGCAAGGGCUGAUGUGAGAAGGCGGGUGAAGGGCCGGUUUGUCAAAGCUGGCGACGUCUAUGAUUAUGACCCUUUGAGCACGACCAGAAGCUACUGAGUGGGCCUUGAUGUUCUUCAAGGAGGAAAAAGGUUGUGUUCAACAGUGUAAGCUCAGUUCUUUGUCCUUCACUGUGAGGCACAGCUAACUUGUGAUGUCAGCUGGCAUGGCAUUAUCAGAAAGUGCCCCCUUCAGGCAAUGUGUUUGGAUUGCCUUUCUGUCAAACUUGGCAUUUUUCUGCUGCAUAAUUCUUCUCUAAGAAUUCUCAAGUCUAUGUUCUUUGGCAUCAACCAUACUCCAUGUUUGUCAACUGGUUACAUUAGAAGUGCCUGGGAUGGCAUGAUUAGUGGCUUAAUUUGACAGUUCCAGAUAAAUUACUAAGUUGUAGAUUUUAAAUAUGUGGCCUCUUGGCUUUGACAUGUAUAGGACACAAUCUACAUGUAUGCAGUUAGAUGUAUAAUUGCCCAACGGUUCUGAUGUCAUCAGACACAUUGUAAAUUCAAUGGUUCAUGUAUAGAAUAGGAUACUAUGUAUGCUGAUAGCAGACAUAUUGGACAUGUACCAAUACAAGUUUUGUUUGUGACUCA